GUCCUGAACACCUUCCUUGAAGUUGUCCUCCAGGAGACUUAGAAAUCCUUCAAGCUGCACCCUGACUAUUCCCAGGGAGCGGGGAAUGAGUAAUUCAAUGCUCGCCCGGGUAACCACGCUGUCGCUCGAGACCAUGGGAUGAUCGGUGAUACUGCCGCAGUCCGCAAUCGCCGCAGGCAGCAGCCAACAGCUUCACAAUUUAUAAAUCCGACUUCAGCACACCAGUCUGAACCUCAUUCGACACGAACCAACGCUCUUGUAACUCAUUUGACCCUCUCACACGGAACACCAUGACUCUAGUUCUACCGGACGGUUACCAAUAUGUGGCUGCCUCGUUGCUGUCGGCUUCCUGGGUCAUCAUAUGGCAAAUCAUACGUAUCGGCCCUGCUAGGAGGGCAGCGGGCAUUCCUUAUCCUCAACUGUACGCGGAGAACGCUCAACUAAAAGAAAAUCCAGCUGCUCUUCGGUAUAACUGUGUCCAGCGUUGCCAUCAAAACACUCUCGAGAAUAUCCCGUUAAUUAUGAUUUCACGUGUGCUCGCUCGUAUCGCUUACACCAUUGGGUACUCCACGGGUGUGCCAGAAAAGCGUGCGGCAGGUUCUGCUAGUGGUUCUCUUGCUUUAAUGGGCUUAUUAGCAGCUGCUACUGUUACCAUCGUACAAGUCUGUUUCUUCUAGGGGUUGUGGUACCCUCUGGAAAUGCAAGACCAAGCAUUACCCCAGUAUUUUAAUUUCAAAGCAUGGCAUCGUUGCAUCUUCUCGUCCAUCUAAAUCGGCUCAGCUAUUCGAACGUUUCUUCUAAGGAAGUCAUCUUUCAUCUUUAAUCGUAACCUUUAUGACGAGCUAUCUCCCAUGCUGGAUUGUGCUCCUUGUGAUAGCAAGUUGUUAUCGCGUUGAUGUCUCUGAUAUUUCAAAGGAUUAUAUUCGCCGCCUCA